AUGUUAAAGAUAUACGAGGAUAUAAUCAGUGAGGUUAUAUCCAAGCUUGAGCAGGCUGGGGAUGAAAUCAACAUGGGCAAGUCUGCAAUUCACGAGCUCAGGAAUGAGUGGAGGGAAAGGCUCAUUGAAUACACACAAGGCGAAUGGGGCGGUGAGAGGAAUGGAUGUAAUGAUGGUGAAGAGGGAUACCGCGGGUACGAAAGACCUUCAGAAGGACGUGUAAAUGGCUUUAAUGGAAAGACAACGGUAGAGAAGGAUGUUGGGAUGUUUGAGGACUAUGAGAGCCUAAGCGCUUCGAGUGGUGAUUCCGAGAUAAUAGGGAAGAAGGACAAUGUUGGGAAUUGCAUGGUUUGUUUAUAUGUGAAGGUUAAUAUGUCCAAGGGGAAGUGGAAGUGCACAUUCAAGCAAGGGUUUAUUAGCAUAGGGAAUAUAGACUUUGUGUUUAACUCUGCCCAAGGAGAGCUUGAGUGGUGA